UUCUGGACUGGUUGCGUCUUUUCUGCUGCUGGUUUCUAAACCAAGAGUUCAGCUGAAGCUCAGGAACUUCUCCUCGUCCUCAGAGACAUUUUAAAAGUCUCACUUUGAUCCAAACGGAGUUUAAACUCAGAAAUCUGAAGCGACGACACUUUUAACCGAAACAAACAAACCAACAUGAGACCGGAAGUCGUGUUUUUAUGUGUUUUCAUGGUUUUAACAGAAGCUGCUGUUUCUCCUCCAUCAGAGAGUCAAGAGGAGCCUCUCGCGGCGUCUCUCAGGUCCAUGCUGGACGACUUCGAUGUGCUGCCCCUCUCCAGCCUGCAGACGCACUCCGUCCGCCGCCGCGACAUCCAAACUCAGACUCACGUGGAGAAGCUGCUCAGCUUCGACGCCCUGCAGAGGCACUUCAGACUUUACCUGAGGACCAACGACCAGCUGUUCACCCGCGACUUCAGAGCCGUGGUCGUGGACGAGGACGGCGAGGAGCGGAGCGUCUCAGUCAACAGACACAACUACUUCACGGGACACGUCAUCGGAGAGGAAAACUCUCGAGUUCAGGCUCACAUCGACGACCACGAGUUAUCCGCUCACAUCCUGACCGACCACGGCGAGUACAACAUCGAGCCUCUCUGGAGGUUCACGUCGGCGCCCCCUGAUGGUCGCCUCCUCAUCUACCGCUCAGACGACAUCAGAAACCUCAGCCGACUUCACCAGCCGUCAGUCUGCGGCUACGUGACCUCUGACCCUGACCUCCACCUCUCUGACGGCUUUCAGGAAGAAGGGUCGGCGCUGAGAGCAAAGCGUCACGUCCACGACCACCUGAAGAACACGUGUCCUCUGCUGCUGGUCGCCGACCAUCGCUUCUUCAAACACAUGGGCCGAGAGGAGGAGAGCACCACCCUCAACUACCUGAUCGAGCUGAUCGACCGCGUGGACGACAUCUACAGGAACACGUCGUGGGACGAGGAGUUCUCUGGUUACGGCGUUCAGAUCCAGCAGAUCAUCAUCGAGAAAAGUCCGACGGCGGUGACUGCAGGAAGAAAACAUUUCAACAUGAGAGGAAGUCCGGUGGAGGGACGCGACGUGUGGGACGUCAAGAAACUGCUGGAGCAGUUCAGCGUGGACAUCGCAGAGAAAGCCUCCAACGUGUGCCUCGCUCACCUCUUCACCUAUCAGGACUUCGACGAGGGGACUCUGGGUCUCGCCUACGUCGCCCCGUCCAAACCGGACGUCCCGGGAGGUCUCUGCUCGAAAGCCUGUCCGUCAUCCACGAACGAACAGGGAGCGAUCUACCUGAACACGGGCCUGACCAGCACCAAGAACUACGGGAAGACCAUCCUCACUAAGGAAGCCGACCUGGUGACCACGCACGAGCUGGGCCAUAACUUCGGAGCGGAACACGACCCCGACAACAUCCCGUACUGCGCCCCACGGGAGGACCAGGGCGGGAAAUAUGUCAUGUACCCCAUCGCUGUGAGCGGAGACCACGUCAACAACAAGUUGUUCUCAGACUGCAGCAAACGCUCCAUCGUGAAGCGUCUGAGGUUCAAGGCUCCGACCUGCUUCAAGCAGAGGAACAUCAACGUGUGCGGGAACUCCCGGGUGGAGCAGGGCGAGGAGUGUGACCCGGGGCUGCUGCACAUCAACUCAGACCACUGCUGCACCACCGACUGCAGGCUGAGAGCCGGAGCUCAGUGCAGCGACAGGAACAGUGCGUGCUGUAAGAACUGUAUGUUUGAGUCUGAAGGUGAAGUCUGCCAGGAGCCUAUCGACGCCACAUGUAAAGGACACUCGUACUGCACAGGAAACAGCAGCGAGUGUCCUCCUCCAGAGAACGCUGCAGAUCAAACCGUGUGUCUGGACAGCGGGGAGUGUCUGAACGGAGAUUGCGUCCCGUUCUGUCAGGCCGUCUUAAAGCUGCCGCCCUGCGCCUGCAACGAAACCAACUCGUCCUGUAAAGUCUGCUGUCGGAGCAGCAGCGGCGCCUGCACCCCCUACCAGGACCAAACGGGUAACUUCCUGUUCCUGCGUAAAGGCAAACCGUGCACGGUGGGCUUCUGUGACGGAGCGGGGAAGUGCAUGAAGCAGGUGCAGGACGUGAUCGAGCGUCUCUGGGACUUCAUCGAUAAACUCGACAUCAACACGUUUGGGAAGUUUCUGGCUGACAACAUCGUGGGUUCAGUGGUGGCGUUCUCUCUGCUCUUCUGGAUCCCCUUCAGCAUCCUGGUCCACUGUGUGGACCAGAAGCUGGAUCAUCAAUACGACCAGAACACCAAGUCUCUGUUGUUCCCCAGCAAUGCCGAGCUCCUGAGCAGCCUGGAGUCUGCGUCUGUUCGGAUCUUCAAACCUCCAACCUUCCCAAGCUCCGCCUCCUCCGCCGGGCUUCGUUUCCAGCCAUGUGACCCCCAGCAGACCAGCACCCCUCCAGGCUCCGCCCCCUUCCCAGGCCACCCCCCUCUGGACCCCCGCAUGGCCACCAUCCAGGAGGACCCAAGCUUGGACUCCCACCUGGACCAGGAGGCUCUGGAGGAGGCGUUUGGGAGGCCGACGAGGGCGCCACCGCGCUCCUUUGAGGAUCUGACGGAGAAAGGUGUGGCGAGCUGCAGCGAGAAGGCGUUGAUGUUCAGACUGAAGAGACAACAUCAGAUCGACAGCAAGGAGACGCAGUGCUGAGAGGACGCACACCUGCGUGAACCUGCAGGCAGCCGCCAGGCAGGGGCGCCGUCAGGUGCUUCAUGUUCCUCCACUGAGGCGCCGUGUUUCUAUAAAACUCAAGGGUGGCACCACGUUUAACGCCAAACGAGAGAAAGGAAAAAAAACAAAGAGUCUCCUGACAGGAGAUCAAGACUCCGCCUCCUCGAGUCGCCAACAGGAAGCCAGAACAAACCGUCAGUCUUUGUCUGACCACGCAGAGCAGCGUUACACGUCUCUUUGUUUUAAUGAUUAAAAAUGGCCGCCAUGCUGCUCUGGUGACGUGCGUUAGAAAAGUUCAGUCAUUUUUAGUUCCAGGUUAAAACACUUCAGGGGGGCGCAAUCACUGCCGCUCCACAGGAAGUCAGGAGGAAACAGGAAGUCAGGUCUCCGCAGGAACCUCAGAAACUGGGUGCGUUAAGAAGAUUCCUGACUGAGUGAAAUUAAGCGUUUAAGUGGCGGCCAUGAUAAGAGCCGUUAAGGAAAGGUGGGUCAAUGCUUCCUUUAUAACCUCCUUUAGGAUACACUGGACCAUCCUUUGGGAAAGGACAUGAGAUAUGCCGUCCCACAAUUCCUUGCGGCAGCAACAUUUAAAGCGAGUCGCUCAUCCGACCGCUCAUGAACAUUAACGAUGAUCGUAAAGUGACACAGAUCAUGACAUUACAAUAAUAUGUCUUGAACAACUUUCAACAAUCUUUAACCCGUAGGCGAACUAUGAACGUUAUGCUGAUGUUGUAAAACGAUCAAAGUGAGUUUAACUUUUAUUGCAGCCUGUGUUCAGUUUGCAUUCGUUAUUUAUCCACUUUGAGUGUUGUUGCAGCCGUAAGCAGUAUCAUAAAGAACAUUAAACUUUCCUUCAGUCACAGAUGCUGAAACCCUUGACUUGAUUAAGGUUCUUGAGAUAUUAUACAAAACCAUAUAAUCAGAUUAUAAUCACCAUAAAAAACAUCACCCUGUGUUUCAGGUGAAAAGGGAUCAGAGACAUUUUGAGCCAGAUGAUGUUUUAUUCAACAUGUUUCAUUCAAUUCAGAAUGUUUUGUGCAUUUCUUCAGUUGUACAUUCUUGUCUUACAUUAAUGUAACAAUUCAUUUCAUAUUUAUGUUGAUGUUGAUUUCUGAGUGGACAGGAAGCUGAUGGUUUCACUUUUCUUACUUGUAGUCUGGUAGUCUAUAUUUCUUUUAUUUCAAUCCCAACCUCGUGGUGAUCAGGAUUAUUUCACCAGUAAGAAGGCACAGGGGAAAGUUUUAUAGAUGAUCUUUUUGUAGUCCAUUUUCUGAACAUUGGUUUCAACACGGCAGACUCACGUCAUUAACCUCCGCCGGCCCGUCACUUUAAUGACGUGGCCUAGUGGAAAUGUGGUCGGAUUGUCAGAGUAACGAGAUCGCCUUUCCCUAAGUCCUUUAUGAAGUCUCCUAACAUCUUUCCUUAACCUCAUGACGUUUUCCCCGGGUUAAGGUGAAGUAGAUAGUGAAAGGAGAUAGGAGGGACAAUUCAAACACAUCCAGGAACCUCAGGAGGAAACAGGAAGUCAGGGUUUCUUUAUAAACAUUUAACAGGAUAUAAAUAUAUUUUUAUACGACUGUGUGUGUCCAUAUUGAUCUGUUCUGUGUUAUGAUGUCAUCGUGUUGACCAGCCAAUCAGUGAGCUGUUUGUAAUUUUUGUUGAUAAUAAAGUUGUUGAUCUUUA